AUGGUCACUAUUGUGGAAUUAGAAGAAGAAAACGAGGAGAUUGAAACUCUCGCUGUAAAGAAACAAAUACUUUUGGAACAGUCUGGCGACGUUUUGGAGGAAAUUCACAAAACCCGAGAAUUGAUGAUGGAAGAAUUCGAAAGAAUACAUAUAGAAACCGUGCUAUCUUAUCAGGAAAAAAUUGAAAAAGAAGCACAAGAAUAUGAACAAAUUUAUGAGGAAACAAAAUUAAGGAUUGAGGAGGAAACGGUGGAAUUACAGAACAAGCUUUGCGAAUUUCUAGAAGAAAUAAUUGAAGAAAAAGGAAAGCUGAUAGAACUUACAAUGCAGGAAAAAGAGUGUCGAAAAAUUACCGAUGAGAUUUUCGAAAUCAUUCAAAAUUGGACGGAUAUUGGUUUUAUUUUCAGCCAAAUUCUCGGAAUGCGAGAAGCUCAGAAUGUGGUCGAAGAUACCUGUUCAGAAGAAACAGACCCUCUAGUAGUUAAGAUUUUGGACAAAAUAAAGCAACGAAUAUUUGGCAAAGUUCAAACAAUCUUGAGAUUGCACCAAUCGAAUUCAGAAAAGAUAGACGGCGUACUGAAAAGGAUUGACGAGUUUUUGGAUUUCGUGGAACUAGGAUACAAUGAAUUGAGUCGAUCUAUUUUCAUACUAGUUUUAAACUCUAUGAAAAAUGUUCCAUUCAAUACAUUGGAAAAUCAAGACCUGACUGAUGACAACAUUGAUAACGUCAAGGAAUCUGUCAACAAAAUCAGAGAUUUUUUAUCCUACGUGCCUUUGUGUCAAUUAAGACCUCGAAAAUCUCUCCGGCAAUUUUUAUGGGAUGAGAUCGAUUCAUAUCAGAGAGAUAAUGAUAUUUUUUUCGACCUGGAAAACCUGUAA